AUGGCUGCGACGACAAGCAACGCCUUUACGACGACAAAAGCUCGUCAAGUAAUUGGACCACUGACGACCGUCUUCAACGCGCCGCAAGACUGCCAUGAGUGCACCCUCGAAAGUCAAGGAGAUCAUGGAGGGCCUUCGUGGUUCGAGGGUUGCAACAUCUUCAACACCGAGACGUUCUGUGGGGAGCCUCCGCUUUGCUUCCCUCGCGUCACGAGCUACAGCGACAUCGAGGGCGGCUACUUUUUCUACUCGCCCGGGUUGGCCUGCCCCGACAAGUGGCAGACCGUUGCGACGGUGAAAGCGGAGGAUGCGAGCUUGGGGAGUCUCGUCAGCGGUAUCCGCGUUGACACGUUGAUGAAGGGAGAGACUGCUGCGGUGUGCUGUCCCAAGAGUUUCACAUAUGUACCCGACAACACGACCACGGCAAGCUGCAUCCGCCAUGUCACCACGAACCCCUUCUUCUACUCCAGCUGCGGCCAGGGAAACACACAGACGUUUAUCCAGCAGACGAGGAUCGGAUCGCCGACCGUGGUGUCAACCUUGAGCGCCUCCGGCAGCACGACGUGGAUGAUAACAAACACCAUGGUCUUUGCAGGUGUGGAAAUGAGCGCGCCCACGAUCCAGCUCAACUUUCGCUCCCAGGAUUUGAGCCUCAGCUCUACUAGCAGCCAGACCUCCAGUGCUGCCGAUCCAAACUCCUCCUCAACGGACCAGAGCUCAUCCGGCGAUUCUCAAAAGUCGUCUACCUUGAGUGGCGGCGCCAUCGCCGGCAUCGUCGUCGGCAUCGUGGGUGCGCUGGCGAUUGGCUUGGCCAUAUUCCUCCUGAUGAGGCGGCGGAAGAAGCGCCAAACUCUGAGCAACCAAGACCCUGAUCCCGCGCAAGGCAAGGAUAAUGCCUACCACAAGCCGGAGCUGAGCGGCGUGCCAGCGACGACUGAGCCUGUGCGAUAUGGCGAGUUGCCGGCGAGCGAAGAGCCACGCUUUGAGCUCGAUGCUCACGAGAGGCCAGUGGAGGCUCCUGUGCAUGAGCUGCCGCUGGAAGCUGACGCAGGCGUCACUAAUAAAUAA